CACACACAACGCUGCAGUUAUUCGCAUGUUCACAGGAGCUAUUGAAGUUGCCCGUGGAUGUCAUGUAAUAACAUUGUGAUGGGUGCACACAUAGCCAUAAAAGUGCAGAUCCCGACACACGAAAGCCCCGACGAGAGAACCGAGGAAAGUUGUCCGGGGCUCGCAACUUAUCCAGACCUCACGAAGAGAUGACAUCCCACCGGAGAGUCGCGCGCCACCUAAACUACACGGUUUAUUUUGUUGAUUGAGAAAAGUUUCAUGAAGAUAUACAAUGUUUAUGAAUGGGAGUUCUCUGAACAGCUCUGCACUGGACCCUAGCGAGCAAGCACUUCACCGGCCGCCCUGGGUCACUACUACUCUCGGGUGUUUCCUCAUAUUCACUAUAGUGGUGGAUAUUUUAGGAAACCUGCUGGUGAUUUUCUCCGUCUACAGAAACAAGAAACUUCGGAACGCAGGUAACAUCUUUGUGGUGAGUUUGGCGGUGGCGGACCUGGUGGUGGCCAUCUAUCCGUAUCCACUGGUCCUGACCUCCAUAUUUCACCGGGGCUGGAACCUGGGAUACAUGCACUGCCAGAUCAGCGGCUUCCUUAUGGGCGUCAGUGUAAUUGGCUCCAUUUUCAACAUCACCGGCAUCGCAAUCAACCGCUACUGUUAUAUCUGCCACAGCCUCAAAUAUGACAAGCUCUACAGUGACAAAAACUCUGUUUGCUAUGUACUGUUAAUCUGGGCCUUGACGGUGCUUGCUAUUGUGCCCAACUUGUUUGUAGGCUCCCUGCAGUAUGAUCCACGGGUUUAUUCCUGUACGUUCGAGCAGUCGGCGAGCUCGGCAUACACGAUCGCUGUCGUCUUCUUCCAUUUCAUUCUUCCCAUCAUGAUCGUCACCUACUGUUACCUGCGAAUCUGGGUUCUGGUCAUACAGGUGCGACGACGAGUGAAGCCCGACAAUCGUCCCAAGCUCACGCCUCACGAUGUACGAAACUUCGUCACAAUGUUCGUUGUUUUCGUGCUCUUUGCUGUGUGCUGGGCACCAUUAAACUUCAUCGGGUUGGCGGUAGCGAUUUCUCCUGAGCACGUGGUUCCUUUAAUACCUGAAUGGCUCUUUGUGGCAAGUUAUUUCAUGGCGUACUUUAACAGUUGCCUCAAUGCAAUCGUCUAUGGAGUUUUGAACCAGAACUUCCGUCGAGAGUAUAAGCGCAUCGUGGUUUCAGUAUGUACUGCCCGGAUCUUCUUUGGGGAAAGUUCUAAUGAAGCGCAAGAAAGACUCAAGAGUAAACCCUCGCCACUCAUGACCAACAACAAUCAGGUCAAGGUGGACUCUGUGUAAGAUGUGAAAAGAACACAGCAAAAUCAAUCCUUGCUUGAAAGCGAACUUGAUUUAGAAAAAGAAAAAUCAUAUCGCCAAAUAUGUUGUCAGGAUGCAGCGUAUAGCCCUGAAACUGUGAUUUGUUGCCUCAACACAAUCAAAACAAACAGGAAGUUAUUAUCAUUGUCUUUUAUAAAGCACUUUUUUCAUUCUUGGUCAGAAGUACUUGUAUGUAUGUAUGAAUUUAUUGUUUAAAUGUUUACAGUAAUUGUAUCAGCAAAUCUAUGUAAGACAUACUUUGUGUAAUGAUUUUAUGAGUUAUCUUUGUCUGAAGAGAACAAAAAACAAAUAUGAAGGUAUGAUUGAUAUAUUACUGUAUAUAAAUAUAUAUUGAGUGUGUUUCACUGAUGUUGAUCAUUCAGUGGAGAACGAAGAACAAUGCUGUCAAAAUGAUGCCAUGAACAUCAGCAUAUCUCCACAAUGCCUGGCCAUAAAUAUGACCAAAACUUUAUAAACACUCAACCAAAAGAGUUUGUUACAGAGUUUACUGUUUUGAGAUGACCUCACCCGGUUCAACACUGUUACUUUACAUAUGAGAAAGCAAUACACCUGGAUUGCUGCUUUGCCACAACCCCCUGCAAAUAUGUUUGAGGGUAUGGGGUUCCUUCUCUGUAGGGUUUCUAUCCUCUCUUCUUGCUAUUUUUUUUAUUUUUUUUAAUUGUUUUGAUUUUCAGCAUUACCUGUCUUUGUCUAUUUAAACAUUUCCUUACCUUCUCUCUUUAUUUUUCUUUGCAUCUGUCU